AAGAAAAGAAGAAGAAAUGGAAUCUCUACAGGGCCGUGUAAAUGCAUUAGAAAUGAGUACUCGAGUGGCCUUGGACCAUCUGGAGUCUGUACCUGAGAAACUGAGCCUACUGGAAGAUUUCAAAGACUUUCGAGAUUCCCGCUAUUCAUCUGAAAGAAUUGAUGGGAGAUGCUGUAAAUACAGAGUUCACAGAGAUUCUCUGAAGCAGUGCCAAGAUGACACCAGGUACAGAAUCCAAAGCUUGAAGGAUGACAGAGCCUUCACUGAAGGUUCUCACACUCGUGGGUUAGAUCACUCAUCCUCCUGGCAGGACCACAGUCGCUUCCUGUCUAGUCCACGAUUUUCACACUUGACCUCAUUCACCAAAAGGACCAUUACUCCAGAUCCAGCUUUAAUCAAGGAAGAUGCCACAAGUUUGCCAAUGAAUGGUGCAAGUCCACAGUCCAAAAAGGAGGAAUAUGAGGACAAAAAACCAAAAUGUAAUUAGUUGCUUAACUUGAACACCUUAUCUACUCUGCUGCCAUCUGGCCCAGGUUAUGUAACAGACAUACCUCUGGCUUUGGCUCUUUGGUAUUGCUGGACAUUAACUAAAAUGACAAUACAGUUAGUCCUUGUGAAUGACACUAUUUUAAGCAAUCCAAAUACUAUCAACUUAUGAACAAUGUGCAGCUAAUUUAUUGGCAGCUUAUACUAGCAAGAAAGUAGUAUUUUUCACUUUGCAUUUUCUUUUUGCAAGUGUGGUCAGUAACAAUUUCCUGACCAAAAUUUGGUUUUAUAAUUGAUGCCUUUCAAAAAUUACUGACUAAAAAGGUGGAAAAUGAAUUUUCCACUAGGCAUAAGUUGCUAGCACCUUAGAUUCAGGGAGCAUUUAUAUACAAUUGAUUUUUUUUUAAAAAAGAUGCUUUCUCCCUAAUAAAUUAUCAUGUGUUGUAACAUGUCCUGGAGAUAUGCAUAGGUAUGAGGCAGUCCACUUAUAAAUGCUUGGAAUUGUUGUAUCCAUCAUCUCAGCGAUAUGUUACUACAUAUAGUAGCUUAAGAUUAUUUCAAAUCAUCCAUUUUUAAUAGCAAUAAAGAAUUUAUAAAUUAUAAAUCUGAAUUGUAGAACACUGUGAAGAAUUCAUAGCACAGUUUAUUUAUUUGGUUUUCUGUGGUCAAAUAUCCCACUGUGAUCACUCCAGUCACCCUGGACUAUCUGUCAUUUAGAAUGACCAAAAAUCACGGCCUCAAAUCCUCACGUCAAUGAGGUUCGCUCUGUAGGAGUUCUCCUGUGCUUUGGUACAAUCUACCUUCUUUUUGUAUCCCAGCUUUUCACAACAUCAGUGUUUGUAAGAAUUUUUCCCUUUACAUGCCAAUCUACUGGUGGAGAAAGAUUUUUAGUGAAUACUGAUAACAGCAGAUAUCUAGGAACAGAAGUCUACUGGGUUAUGGUCAAAAGAUUCUGAAUGGAGACAAGGAAAAUAAAGCGAUAAUGUAUAUGACAUUCUUUGUUAAAAUGUAACUUUAUUAGAUUUCUUACCUUUUCUUGUACUUGCACUCAGAGUGUGUGUUCUUAACUUGCAUACUUGAAAGUGCAGCAGAAAUGAACUCUCCCUUUCUACAGUGAAUGUGAACACGGUUCAUACAUCAGAA